ACUUCAGCGGCAGCGGGCACGGUGCAGACAAAGAUGACCCGCAGCGCAAGAUGAACGCUUGAGAAUUCCCACUUCGAUCGCUGCCCCUUCAGCGGGACUCCUCCAGCUUCUCACCAUCUCUGCACAGAAAGAGAGAGAGAGAGAGAGAAUUUGCUGACCAGUCGCCGCCAUGGAGGUCGCUCCUCCCCUCAACUCAGUCCACUGCCGCCUGAUGCGAAAUCCCGGUUGCAGUCAUCUGGUGAAGGCGGCUCCCACCUCCGUUCCACUGAUUUCCUCGUCUUCCAAAAGCAGGGGUUUCAGGAUCUCCUUUCCUACAAAUGCAAAUUCUCUUAAAAGUAGUUUCUCUGGUGCUGGUGCACUUGGUUCUUUGAAGAUGAAACUGACAAACAAGCCCGUGUUGAAACAUUAUCUUUUCCAUUCAGUUGACUUCCUGCAAAUCUGUUUCUACCAUUACUGUCAGAGAUUCUCGGUUCCUUCAACAUCUUCUCUCUCAUCAGAUAGGUCAUAUCAACAGUAUGUGGUGACCAUCAGGAAUGAUCAUCCUCAAAAUGCAGAUUUUCCUCGCACCUACUCAAGAAAAGAGAAGAAACCCUUCAAAGUACCAAUUGUUGAGAUGAGGCGAGCAGCAAGGGAGAGACUUAAGAAGAGGAAAGAUCAGCCCAGAAAACCUGUUUCACCUCCGAAAAAUGGGCUGGUCGUUAAAAGCCUUAUACCAUUGGCUUAUAAUGUUUUCAAUGCAAGGAUUACAUUAAUCAACAAUCUCAAGACACUCUUGAAAGUAGUACCGGUCCUUGCUUGUGGGUGGUGCGGUGAAAUCCAUGUGGGACCUGUUGGGCAUCCAUUCAAGUCAUGUAAAGGUCCAAAUUCAUCUAUGCGCAAGGGCCAUCAUGGGUGGACAAACGCCACCAUUGAAGAUAUAUUGCCACCAGUUGAAGCUUAUCACCUAUUUGAUAGACUUGGGAAGCGUAUCUCUCAUGAUGAGAGGUUUUCAAUUCCUCGAAUCCCUGCUGUAGUUGAGCUCUGCAUCCAAGCUGGUGUUGAAAUUCCCGAUUUACCUACGAAAAGGAGGAGAAAACCUAUAAUUCGUAUCGGGAAGAAAGAAUUUGUUGAUGCGGAUGAAAGCGAGCUCCCUGACCCCAUCCCAGAAGCUCCCAUAAUUCCAAUGCUGACUGAACUACCUGAUUCUCAGACACUGGCACCAUCUGAUGAUGAAGAAAAGCUCUUGCUGGCAGAGGAAACAUUGCAGGCAUGGGAGAAGAUGAGGCAUGGAUCCAAGAAGCUGAUGAGGGUGUACCCCGUGAGGGUUUGUGGAUACUGUCCAGAAGUGCACGUGGGUCCAACUGGGCACAAGGCGCAGAAUUGCGAACACAAGCACCAACAACGGAAUGGGCAGCAUGGAUGGCAAUCUGCUGUGCUCGAUGACUUGAUACCUCCUAGAUACGUAUGGCAUGUUCCCAAUGCUGAUGGCCGUCCAUUACAACGAGAGCUAAUAAGCUUCUAUGGAAAAGCGCCUGUGGUGGUUGAGAUAUGUGUGCAGGCUGGUGCAAACGUGCCAGAGCAGUACAAACCAACCAUGAGAUUGGAUGUAGGGAUUCCCUUGGAUGUCAGAGAAGCGGAAAUGGUAGUUUGAGGUGAUUGCAGUGUGUCCAAUAGUUGGAAUAUCUUACAGCACACGCUAGAAGAUAGUAGACGGCAUAAAGGUCCAGCUCGGUGAGAGUUUUUCCUUUCGCCGAACUGUCUGACACCCAAUAUGACGAGCUCUAGCUAUUCCAUAGUUUUUGCUUAGAACCGUUGUAAUCAAUGUAGAGUAGAACUAUACCUGGAAAGCGAUUCAUUCAUUGAGGUCAUUGUUUUUGUAUAAUAGGGGGUACCGAACCUAUCAUUUCCUCAAGAAGAUCUGAUACUUCAUAUUUUUCUUUGAAGAUAAGUUGGAUAUUUCCUAAUUGUUUUUAUGUGCGGUUUUCUGUGUCUGUAAAAGCAUUAGCAUCAGUGUACACCUCAGACCUUGCAAGGGAGUAUUUACUUGACAGAUCAAUUCUGCUUAAUUUUGUCAUUUAUCAUUUGUGUUGUCA